AUGGCCGGUUUAUUUGUUCAAGAUGAAGAUUUGGAGGAUGAGUUUCUACAACAGGAGUUAUCUAGACAAGACGAGAUAAUUACUAGUAAGGUACGAGAUUCUUCUCACCAAGUAACCGAUGAUAACGAUAUCAUGACGAGUAGCACACAGGAAGCCAUUUCUAACGAGAAAGUUGAUGAUAUAUCUGAAGAUGAAGAGGAUGAGAAAUCAUUGUAUCCCUUAAUACCUGUAGAUGCAGAUCAAGGAAAUGAUAUGAAACCUAAUAUCGAGGAUAUUAGACCUGUUGAUAUUAAACUAAAUGUAGAGCUACCCUUUCAAGUCCAGAUAAUAGAGAGUUGUUUAGUUUCAGAUGAUCCACUUGUAAUCCUUGGUAAAGGUUUAGAUGUAACUAAUAUUGUUGCUAAUUUAUUACAUAUACUAGCAACACCAACAAUGGUAAAUGGAGAGUCAAAGAGAUCAUUGGUAAUAGUAUUGAAUGCAACAGCUUCUGAUAAUAGACGAUUAUAUCAAGGCUUGCAGGAGUUUGCUUGGCUGGACGAUCGUCAGGAAGCAGAACAAGAACAAAAUUUUCAAACACCCUUUCACAUUGUUACUUCAGAUUCUUUAAGUGUUGAAAAAAGAAGAAAAUUAUAUUUAGGAGGUGGUAUAGUAAGUGUAACUUCCAGAAUCCUAAUUGUAGAUUUAUUAUCUGGGAUUUUACAUCCAAACAAAGUAACAGGCAUGGUGAUUCUAAAUGUGGACUCUUUGAAAAAUUAUUCUAAUGAAUCAUUUAUAUUAGAAAUAUAUAGAUCUCAGAAUAGAUGGGGGUUUAUUAAAGGAUUUUCAGAAGUACCUGAAUCAUUCACAAUGGAAUUCUCACCCUUAACGAAAAGAAUGAAGGAAUUACGAUUCAAAAAUGUUCUCCUCUGGCCUAGGUUUAGAGUAGAAAUUUCAUCUGUUUUAAACAAAAAUUCUGAUUUAAAUAAAGUAAUCGAAGUUAAAGUAUCGUUAACAAAUUCAAUGUCACAGAUUCAAUUUGGUCUCAUGGAAUGUUUGAAAAAAUGCAUUGACGAACUGAAUAGAAAGAACCCAACGUUGUCCUUAGAAUGGUGGAACUCUGAGAAUUCUUUGGACCCUAAUUUCUUGAAAUCAAUAAACUCAGUGAUGAUGCCAAAUUGGCAUAGAAUAUCCUAUGAAUCCAAACAAUUGAUUAAGGAUAUUAGAUUCUUGAAACAUUUACAUAAGUCACUUCUGAAUGCCGAUGCAGUAGAUUUCUAUGAGGAUGUCCAAACGAGUUUAGACGCAAACAAGCCAUCGGUCUCUAGAAAAUAUACAGAAUCUCCUUGGUUAAUGGCAGAAGAAUCUCAAUUGGUUAUAUCAUACGCCAGAAAGAGAGUUUAUGACAAAGAAGAGUAUUCCUUGGAGGAGCUACCGAAAUGGGAACAAUUAAUGAAUAUUCUGGACGACAUUGCUCAAUCUAGAUUGAAAAAUAACCAAAGUGGGCCGACUCUGAUUGUCUGUUCUGAUAGCAAUACUGCUAUCCAAUUAUCCCGUUUGGUGAAAAUGGGCAAUGUAAAACAAGGUUUAAGAAAAUUGAUGCUUUCAAAAUUACAAUAUUAUAAAGAAAGACGUGAGGAAAGGAAACGGUUAUUAAAUGAAGUUAAAGAGAAACAUAAUCAACCUACUGAAUUAGACGUUAGUACAACAUUCUCCAAAGAACAAGUAGAAUCAAAAAGAAGAAGGACGAGAGGAGCUGCUGUUGUUGCACAGGUGCAGAGAUUGAAAACAGCUGGUUCGGGGGAAGAUAUCGAGAGUGCUAUAGAUUCGUAUGAUUUACAUAAUGAAUUAGGCCUUAUAAACGAUGAAGAUGAAGAUGAAAAUGUUUCAGAUAUUGAUCUAUUGGAGGGUCAUCCUUUAGACAACCAAGGUAAUGAUAUAAUUACCCAGAUGGAAAACAUUCCAGAUGAUCUUGAAACUAUUGAUGAGAAUCAAGAUUUUGAACUACAACAGAUACUUACCGAAGGUUACAAUAAUAUAACACACGAAACUUUUGAAAAGCAAUUAGAUGAUAUUAGCUUCGUAGAUACAUCAGAUCAAGUAAUAAUUGAAACGUUUUCCGAUGUGGAUGAUGAAACAUUAUUACAAGAAAUUAGGCCAUCAUUUAUUGUGAUGUUCCAACCGGAUUUAACAUUCAUCAGGAGGGUUGAAAUUUACCGUACAAUUCAAAAUCAAGAUUUAAAAAUAUAUUUCAUGUAUUAUGCCGAGAGUAUCGAAGAACAGCAACAUUUAACAUCCAUUAAGCGUGAAAAGGAUGCAUUUUCUAAACUAAUCAAGGAGAAUUCCCAAUUGGCUAGCCAUUUUGAAGCUCCUGAAGAUAUUUCUCAUUUCAAGAAUCUUGCAGAGAGGCAAAUGAAAAUGAACAAAUUAAAUAAUAAGAAUACCAGAAAUGCAGGUGGCCAAAAUAACAGUGCCCAUUUCACUCAGGAUGUGGUUAUUGUAGAUACACGUGAAUUUAAUGCAUCCUUACCUGGUCUACUAUUCAGAUACGGUGUUCGUGUAAUUCCAGCAAUGCUAUCCGUUGGCGAUUACAUUAUAACACCAGACAUUAGUCUAGAAAGAAAGUCGAUAUCAGAUUUAAUAGGGUCGUUACAAAAUAAUAGACUUGUUGGACAAUGUAAAAAAAUGUUGAAGUACUAUAAAUAUGCUGUUUUAUUGAUCGAAUUUGAUGAAAACCAAUCGUUCUCAUUAGAACCAUUCAGUGAACGAAAAAAUUAUAGGAAAUCAGAUCUAUCGACGACACACCCAAUUUCAAGCAAGUUGUCUCAGGACGAGAUACAGUCAAAAUUGGCAAAAUUGAUUAUAAAGUUUCCCACACUCAAAAUUAUAUGGUCAUCAUCACCACUUCAAACGAUAAAUAUUAUUUUGGAGUUAAAGAUUGGUAGAGACCAACCCGAUCCUAACGUGGCAAUCUCAUUUGGUAUACAUUUGAGGAAAAAUGCCAAGGUUAAUAAUAGUCAAUCAACCAAAGAUAAGGAGAAUACUGAUAAAUUUUCUGGCUUACUGGGUAUUGACGGCCUUUCCAAGAUUGAUUAUUUCAACAUAAGAAAGAAGGUUAAACAAUAUAACAAAUUAGCCAAGAUGAAUAUUGACCAACUAACAGAGAUUUCGGGUGACUCUACAAUUGCAUACAAAAUUUUGGAUUUCAUUCAAGAGCAAAAAGAACUAGAAAAAGAUAUCGAUAUAGAUGAAAUGUGA